ACCCUACCCUCGUCUCCUACAGCUCCUCCCCCAGCUCUAUGUCUGUGUCGGGCUACCUCUCUCACUUCCUUUCUCUCCUGCUGUGUGCUGGGUUGCGCAUGCCCUCCCUUCGUUCCUUAAUGCGUCCAUGAUAACGGCAAAAACAAAUCCUUGGAUAAUAAAAAUAUAAUAAUAACAAUCAAAGAUUGCUUUUUAGCCAAGAAUCUGUAGAGGUGUGGCAUGGAUAAGCAUCUGGGUUCUGUGCAGAUAAGUCCUCACCCUCUGAAUAUUUGGAAGGCCCAAGAGCAGUAUUUUCUGAGAAUGCAAAGGAACAAAGAGAAGAAAUCAAUGGAAAAGAUGGGAGAGUCAAAUCAGUGUAAGAGGAAACUGAGGGUGUGUGUGGCAACAUGCAACAGAGCAGAUUAUUCCAAGCUGGCCCCCAUCAUGUCUGGGAUCAAAUCCCACCCAGAAGACUUUGAACUAGAAGUUGUGGUGCUUGGUUCACAUCUCAUUGAUGACUACGGGAACACUUUUCGGAUGAUUGAGCAGGACGACUUUGACAUUGGCUCGAAGCUCCACACUAUUGUGAGAGGAGAGGACGAGGCUGCCAUGGUGGAAAGUGUUGGGCUGGCACUUGUAAAACUACCUGAUGUUAUACAGAGACUGAAACCUGACAUCCUGGUCGUACACGGUGACCGUUUCGACGCUCUCGCUUUGGCAACUGCUGCAGCAUUAAUGAAUAUUAGAAUACUUCACCUGGAGGGAGGAGAGGUUAGUGGUACAAUUGAUGACUCAAUCCGCCAUGCCAUCAGUAAACUGGCCCAUUACCACGCCUGCUGCACACGGAUGGCAGAGCAGCAUCUCAUCGCUAUGUGUGAGGACCACUCUCGUAUCCUCCUUGCUGGCUGCCCUUCAUAUGACAAGCUGCUAUUGUCUCAUCACAGAGAGGACUACAUGGAUAUCAUCAAAAGCUGGUUGGGUGACAAGGUCCAGGAAGGUGACUAUAUUGUAGCAUUGCAGCACCCGGUCACGACGGACAUCCAGCACUCUAUUAAAAUCUAUGGGCUGAUGCUGGAUGCGCUGAUUUCCUUCAACAAGAAGACUCUCAUCCUCUUUCCUAACAUUGAUGCCGGAAGUAAGGAGAUGGUACGUGUUAUGCGGAGAAAGGGGAUUGAGCAACACCCUAACUUCCGAGCAGUGAAGCACAUUCCUUUUGAGCAGUUCAUCCAGCUUGUGUCGCAUGCUGGCUGCAUGAUUGGAAACAGCAGCUGCGGGGUACGAGAGGCUGGGGCCUUUGGCACACCUGUCAUUAACCUGGGAACAAGACAAACAGGCAGAGAAACAGGUGAAAAUGUUUUACAUGUCAGAGAUGCCGACACUCACAAUAAAAUCUACCAUGCUCUGGAGCUGCAGUUUGGAAAGAGAUACCCCUGUUCCAAGAUUUAUGGUGAUGGCAACGCAGUGCCUCGUAUUCUCAAGUUUCUCCGUUCUAUUGACCUGGACGAGCCUCUCCAAAAGACCUUCUGCUUCCCUCCUGUGAAAGACCCGAUUUCCCAGGACAUUGAUCAUAUCCUAGAGACCCAAAGUGCUUUGGCCGUCGACCUGGGAGGGACCAACCUCAGAGUGGCCAUUGUCUGCAUGAGGGGCACCAUAGUGAAGAAAUACAGCCAGCCCAAUCCAAAGACUUUCGAGGCCAGAAUGGAACUCAUAUUAAAGAUGUGCAAUGAUGCCAUGCGGGAUGCUGUGGGCCUUAACUGUAGAAUACUUGGUGUCGGAGUGUCCACUGGUGGGCGUGUAAACCCCCAAGAUGGUGUGGUCCUACACUCCACAAAGCUGAUUCAGGAGUGGUCUUCUGUGGACCUAAGAACGCCCAUAUCAGAUGCUUUACACCUACCCGUCUGGGUUGACAAUGAUGGCAACUGCGCUGCACUGGCAGAGAGGAAGUUUGGUCACGGCAAAGGAGUGGAGAACUUUGUCACAGUCAUCACAGGAACAGGUAUUGGAGGAGGAAUUAUCCAUCACAAUGAGUUGGUCCAUGGUAGUACCUUCUGUGCUGCUGAGCUGGGUCACAUCAUGGUUUCGCUGGAAGGCCCAGAGUGUAUGUGUGGCAGCCGUGGCUGCAUAGAGGCCUAUGCAUCCGGGAUGGCCCUUCAGAGAGAGGCCAAAAAACUGCAUGAUGAGGAUCUGUUGAAGGUGGAGGGGAUGGAUAUGAAACUCUCAGAGCCAAUCACUGCUGCACAUCUUAUCAGUGCAGCCAAAAUGGGAAACUCCAAAGCCGACGCUGUUCUGACCAAGGCCGCCACUGCACUGGGUGUGGGCAUCAUCAACAUCCUCCACACAGUCAACCCUUCACAGGUGAUUCUGUCUGGAGUCUUGGCCUCUUACUACCAGGCGCCAGUGCAGCAUGUCAUCUCGCAGAGAGCGCUCUUCUCUGUCCAAAACAUCAAGGUUGUAACAUCAGACUUGGAAGAACCAGCUUUACUUGGAGCAGCCAGCAUGGUGUUAGACUAUGCAACCAGAAGAAUAUAUUAAAGAACAAAAUCAUUAAAACCUGCAAGGCAGUUUUGUCCCUGUGGUCUAACAAACAUACAAAUACAGUUAUUAUUCUCCAAAGUUGAAGUCUGUUAGUCAGAUUAAAACCUGGAAACACAUGUGAAGUGGGAGUGGGUCUAGUGCACGGGCCAGAAAUCCUAAUUCUCUUUUAUACAGUGCCUAUAGUAUCGAGGUUGAAUUAAUCUCCAAAACUUAUCUGUACAAGCCAGAACCUUCCUUCUGUGCUUGUGGUGUGGAUGGAUGGAAUAGUCUAUUUAUAGAAACCUUGUGACCAAAUUAUAGCUGAAUCUUGCUUCUGUUGCUUUCUUUCUAUUGUAACUUUAGUUUUCUAUCAAUUUCGUGCGGAUGUUGCAUUUCCAAUUGUAUCUGUUUUCAACAUUACACAAUUUACAUUUUUAUUUUUUUUUUGUAUGUGUGUUGUUGUUGUUCUUCUUCUUCUUCUUCUUCUUCUUCUUUUUUAUUAAUGAAAUAAUCUAAAAUGGUAUUAAGUAACUUUAAAUAUACACCAAUCUGUCACAACAUUAAAACUACUGUGAGGUGAAGUCAGUAUCAGCAAUUAUCAAAUUGUUCCUUUGUUGAUAUUGUUGGCACAAACAACUCACUUACAUGAAGAACACCCAACAAUGCGAUAGUAGUCCCCAACAGCAGCACCAGCCUUGCCUUACUACAAAGAUUCAAAGGAACCCACAAGACCUAAAGGAUUCACCAUCAACAACAUGGUGUCAGAUACCACAUGACACUCGUAAAGUUUAAAAAUCUUUGCCCCAUUUAGAGGACAAGUGGGACAUGCAGAGUACUAGGCAGGUGGUUUUAAUGUUGUCGGUGUUUGGUGUAUAAUAAACAUGAUUAAAACUGCUUUGGAUCUAUGGAUGCUAUAGUAUGAUAAGAGGUUGGGGGGUUGUUUGUUUGUUUUAUUUAAGUUUUUCCCAGGCUUGUUAUGAAAACGUUAUUCUUCUGAAGAUGUACAACGUGGUUUUUAUGUACACCUAUAUACUGCAUUGCACAUUACAUGCUAUUUGUAAGUUUUAAAUACAUUUCUGUGGAUGUUUGUUUAAUAUUCAUUGAGAAAAUAAGUUUUAGACAAUUGUAUGAAAUAGACUGAAGUUAAUUAAGUAUUUAUUAUUCAACUUUUUAGUUAGUGUCCAAAGAAAAAUUGAAACUGCACAGCAGUUCAAACAUUUUUUCUUUGCAUCCUUGAAAUGUUACAGUGAUUAUACAUCUAAGGUGUCAUUUGACCAGAUUAAAAUAUUUACUGUUUAGAAGGCAAAAUGUUGAAACACCUAUUUAUUCAAUUUUUUCUUUUUCUUUUUUUUUAAAUUAAUUUUCAAAUUUUGAUGUCUUCAGUUUUGUUUUAAAACUUAUAAAUGUUUAAUUUAUGCAUUAAACAUGCAUUGAGGUCUUUAGGAGUUUUUCACCUGAAAUGCUUUUCCAGUGGACCUGAAGGAAUUCCUACAAAUGUUGAGCACUCGAUAGUGGCUCCUCUCCUAUCUAUUGACCAGAUCAGUUUUAAUAUUGACGAACAAACACUGAACACUGCUUGUUAACGCAAAUAUCUAAUCACGUCACAAAGCUCAGAACUUCUUAAACUUGUUUCAUGAACACGCCAGUGUAGUCAAAAAAACCUCCAAAGUCACCAGAUCUCAAUCCAACGCAGCACCUUUGGGAUGUGGUGGAAGGGGAAGACUGGCUUCAUGGAUGUCUAGCCGACAAAUCUGCAGCAACUGCGUGAGGCUAUCAAUAUGGACCAAGAUGUUUAUUUUAUCUUGUUGAAUCUGUGCUACCAACAGUUAAGCCAGUUUUGAAUCUAAAAGGCUGUUGAUAUUUGUGUAAUAAAGA